AUACAGAGCCACAUCGAAUGAUGGCUUUCCCCCUGAGGAUUUAGGCGUUGUCUCUGGGAUGUUCGUUGUCAAGUGCCUCCAGAUCGCUCGAGUCAGUAAUAUCUGCCGCGCUGUGGUUCCGCGGCCUCGCAAAGCUGCUUGCUUCAACUUCACCUCUGCUGCCAUGGCGUACCUGGCGCAGGAGGGUGGAUGGGUCACGGUUGGUUUUGUGAGUGCUCCUGGGUAGGGAGGAAUCCUGGCUCAGCGUGAUUGUGAUAGGAGGUUCUCACCUUGCUCUCUGGAGCGGGCAGUUUUUGGCGUGAUGACUCUGCCUUCCGUUGGGAUGCCGCUGUGGUACUCGAGUGAGAGAAAAUACGACACCCUCAAGACUGAGGAGAAUUGA